UUUGUUUACCGACGGGUUUUGAAAGUACGUAAGUGAGAUCAGAACUAGAAAUCCAAAAAGAUACUUGGAAUUUAAGUGUUUAUUGCUGAUGAUCAGUUCAUUUUUGCAACCAUUUAAGACAAUAACAUUUCUAUAAAUCUGUUUUGCUGUUGAUCAAUAAUAAGAUGUCAAGAUAUUAUAGUAUAACAGAAUCUAAAAAGAGUGGUGAAGUUGAGAAAGAAAUCAAACGGAAAGAGGAGAAAAAAGAAAAGUCAAAGCAUAAAAAGGCCAAGUUCAAAGAAGAAACAGAGAAAACUUUUUAUGAGGAAGAUGAUUUUGAUCCUUAUGAAGGCCCUGUUACUGUACCAAAUGAAGUUCUCAAAAAAUAUCAAAGAGGAAAACGUCUUGAUGUUAGACACCUUAGAUCGAAAUCCCAUAAAGCUGGUUUGAUUCAAGCUGACAAAAAAAUUAGGCAGUCUGUUCAGUUAGCUGCAAGAAGUGAAUUAUUGCUGCAGGAAGAAGCAGGAUUCCUAGAACCGGAUGAAAAUGAAGAUACAUAUAGAGUAAAACAAGAAGAAAUAGCAGCAGCUGCUGAUAUUACAAGUGCAACUAAGUACUUUGAUUUAUCACUAACUGAAUUCGGUCCCUACAAAAUCAACUAUUCCAGAGAUGGACGGCAUCUUCUUCUGGGAGGAUAUCGAGGCCAUGUUGCAGCAAUGGAUUGGGUGACGAAGAGACUCCUCUGUGAAAUAAAUGUGAUGGAGUCUGUCCAUGAUCUUUGUUGGCUGCACCUGCCCACUAUGUUUGCUACAGCUCAGAAAGAUUGGGUCUAUGUGUAUGACAGUAAAGGAGUGGAGCUUCAUUGUAUCAAGAGGCUCAGUAGAGUUUUACAGUUGGAGUUUUUGCCUUAUCACUUUCUACUGGUGACAUCAAGUGAAAAGGGAUUCUUGGCAUGGUUAGAUGUUUCCAUCGGCAAAAUGGUGAAAGAGACCUACACAAAAGCUGGCCGUCUGAAUAUAAUGUGCCAAAAUCCAUAUAAUGCUGUGGUGGCUACAGGACAUCCAAAUGGUUCUGUUAGCAUGUGGUCUCCUAAUGUUGAAAAACCGCUAGCUAGAAUGCUUUGUCACCCUCAUCCCAUCAGAUCAAUUGCUAUUGAUAACAAAGGCCUGUACAUGGCCACGUCUUGUGUCGAUAGAACAAUGAAAAUAUUUGAUGUGAGGACACUCAAAUGCUUGCAGUCGUAUAAAUUAGGGGCUGCCGCUGGGUUUUUAGACUUCAGUCAGCAGGGGUUGUUGAGUGCUGGACUUGGAAAUGUAGUUGAGGUCUAUAAAGACUGCUGUACUCAGGCUGUUAAAUCACCUUACAUACGACAUAAAAUAACCUCAACAGUGUCGGAUAUUCAAUUUUGCCCCUAUGAAGAUGUUUUGGGUAUUGGAUAUUCUUCUGGAUUCAGCAGCAUCUUGAUCCCUGGUGCUGGUCAAGCUAAUUUUGAUGCUUAUGAAAGCAAUCCAUUCAUGACAAAAUCCCAGAGAAGAGAGAUGGAAGUGAAAUCCUUGUUGGAGAAGAUUCAGCCUGAAUUAAUUACCUUAAACCCUGGACAAUUAGGAUCCAUUGAUAUUCCCACGUUGAAAGAUAAGUUGGAAAAAAAGAAAUCUCUUCCGCAUGUUAAACCACCAAAAGUGGAGUUUGAACCUCGACCAAAGGCAAAAGGACGAAGUAAAUCUGCUCGGGUCUUCAAAAGAAAGAAAAUUGUUCAAGAAACAGCAAAAAGGAAUUUUAUCAAGUCUGCUGUUAAGGAAAAACCUGUUGAAAAAGAAAAAUCAAAACCAUCUCAAGGUGUUUUGGACAGAUUUAAGAGUAAAACCAAAUGAUGUACUAAAUGUAUAUGUUUUGUAAAGAAAUAAA